UGGAACAGUGUUCCUGUACCUCUCUCUGAUAAAAUAACCAAUUUUGGUUGUGUUAUUCAUAUGAAAGUGAAAUAUGUCUGUUAAAAAUUUAUUAAUAAAAAGUAAGGUUGUUAUAUUUAUUAUUUUACUGUUUCUUUACAGAACUGGUGAAGCUCUUAUUGACAGACGAGUGGUUGGCAGAGCAACCUCAUAUAUCGAGAAGUUGGUGAAAGAAAGGGCCGCUGAAGAUGCUUUGAAAAAUCUAAGGAAGUAUUGCCCUUUUAUUGAGAUAAAAAAAGAUUACUCUGGAUUAGGUGGUGGUGUGCCACAGUUUAUAUCCAAAGGAUACAAGAGCAAAGAGAACAUCUAUAGGAUUGUAGAUCCCAGUGAAGCAAGCAAUGAAUUUGAGCUGAAAAAACUGUUCAGUCAUUUCUGGAACAGCUCCGUUGAAGAUUUGUUUUUUCUGGACAACUUUACUGUGUCAGAGAGACAUCUAGUUUUGCAGUUGAGUAAGGAGCAUGGUUUCUUGGCAAGACAUUUUGGCCACAACUCUAUUUGUAUAUACAAGAAAAAAACACCCCGAGAAAUUUAUAGCAAGUUGAUGGAUAGGAACAGCAAAGAAAAUGAGAAAUACAAAUUACACCUUCCAAAAGAAAAGCUGAAGUCUCCAGUAACUGGUGAAAGUCACACACAAGGUGAAGCUAACAGGAGAGACUUGCAAAGUCUGUUUGAUUUGAAACAAUCUGAUAAUGAAUUCUCUGGAGAAAAUUCAUCCACUCAACUAUCAUUAACACCUCAAUCACGAAUACCUCCAUUCAAACCUAAUAAAAAUAUGACUAUUAUCAAACAGAAUUCACCAUCUGAAAGAUUAGAGACUGUGCCAAGUACAUUUAGUGAAAGAGAACCAGUAAAUAGUGAAAUGGGAAACCCAAAUGAAAGAAUUGAAAUCUCCACCAAAGUAUCAAGAAAUGUUGAAGGAGAGUUAUGGCAGAGACGGAAGUAUAGUUAUCAAGACAAACGGACGUAUAGUGCAGCGGGUUUUGAUGAUGGUGCAGAAUGUUUACCACCCAAAUUAAGUCACAAAUCUAAAGAUGUCAGAGAUUCCAUGCAACUGAGAAAUCAGAUUAAAUUUGAGGGCGAACAAAGAUGGCAGGAAACAGAACUUAAUUUGUCCACACGUCUUGAUAACAGUUCAAGUUUUUCCAACUCAGGAACAAAAAAAGAAGACUCAAAUCUUGACAGCAAUACAUUAUAUAACAGUGAAGUAGAUGUUUGGAUGGAAACUGAAUCACCUAUGCCCUCUCUAUCGAGCAUUUCAACAGAAAGUCGAAAGAUUGCUCAACCAGUGAAUCCUGUUAAAGAGUUAUUUAAGAAUACUAACCCUGAACCACAAUUUAUUGAAAUGGGCAAGACUUCCAGAUAUCUAGAAGGAACCGAAGGAUGUCUCAACCAGAGUAUAGAAGAAGUAUCUGCAAAUAAUCGAAUUUCCAGUGACUUGGGUUCGACAGAAUCUAGUCAUCAGCAUACUAAUAACGUGCAAUCAUUCAACCAACAAUCUAAUUGUUCUAAUCAAGAUAAAGCAUUGGAUUUAAAUAGCAUAAUUCAACAGAUGGAAAAACAGUUAAAGGAAAGUAGCUCACAAUUUAAAAGCUCAAGCCAAUUUAAUAAGGUUGAAAAACAGUUUGGUAAAGAAGCACAAACUUUCUUAUCAGUGGAAAACAGGAUAGACAGAGAAUCAGCAGGGGUUAAUCGUUCUUCUAGAGAACCCAGUAGGACCCAGAACAAACCACACAACACAGAAAAUAUGUUGGAAAACCAACCACCAGUUUUAUCCCAUCCAUUUGUUAAUACUUCAAAUUUUAAAAAUACAAGUCGACAAGUGGAACAGCAACGGAAUAUCAGUAAGAAUAUGUUUACCGAAUCUGAUUCAAGCACAAUGGAAAACAGGAUAGUCAGAGAAUCGGCAGGGGUUAAUCGUCAAGAAAGUGACAAGUUUUGGAAUAGAAAUGUUAAAAGCUUUUACGAUCAAACGUUUAUGAGGAAUUCAGAAGACCAUAUUGUACAAAAAAGGAGAGAAUUUAAGCAAUUGUUUGAUUUGCCAGAAUCAGAGAAAGGAGAUGAGCUGAAAGAAUUUGAGAAAAAAAGUAGGCUUGACCAAGUAGAGGAUUCUUUUAAAGAAUCACAUUCGGUAAAAAAUGAGAAGCAAAAAUUGCUGCAAUUAAACAAUGAAAUGUAUUCUCCUUUUGAACAAACAAAUGUGUCUGCUGUAGAAGGACCUCCAUAUUUAAAUUCAAGAAUGAGAGAUCAGUCUUGUAUGUCAUCUUCAAGAGGGUUGGGAGAAGAACCAAACAACUAUACAGUUUAUGAAAACACAGGUUCAGGAGCACAUAAUAUGGAGCAGCAGAAUAUAGAGGAUCUACCUACUGAUAGUUCAAGGCAUGCACGAAUUCCCCCACCACCAUUACCACCACCACUAUUAUCAUCAUUGAACAAUGACUCUUAUCUUUUUGAAGAAUGUAGCCAAGAAAGAAGUUCAAGAUGGAACGAAAAAGAGAGAUCUUUAUACCAGAAGGUACAGUUUCAUAAUCCAUCACAUACAGAUAUUCUUCCUCCUCCACCAUCACCACCAUUCAAAGAUACUGAUUUUUGGAAAUCUGACCGACAAAGAGGAUCUGGAUAUGAACUAGAUGAGAGGUCCUCAUACCAACAACAGUUGAGUUUUCCUAGUCCAUCAGACAGAAAUACAAACUUUAGAAGUACAGUCCUUGAAGAAGAAAAGCAGGUGGAUAAAGAAGAUCAACAGAGAGAGAAGGGAUCUAAAUUCUCUAGCCUGUUUGACUUCAGCGAUACUUCCAGAGCUGAUGGUAAACAAUUGACUCCUGAAGCCAGUGGAAGAGAUAGGAACCAACCGUAUGAGAGAGGAAAUAGCAGUAGAAACUAUAGAGAAGUGAAAUCGGGAGCUUCAAACUUUUCCUCAAACAGAGAGCAUUCUCAACAGGAAACACAUCCAUAUUGGAGAAAAGAUAUUAAAGUUGCUUAUGAUCAAACGAAGUUGGAGCUUAACAGAAGAGGUCAAUCAAAUUUUUCCGAGCGUUUUGAUGUAGACAGAUCCCAAGAUACAUGGAAAUCACGCUAUCAAUCGAACCAUAGCAGAAGUCCUGAUAGAAGAGAAAAGAAAAGAGGUCAUAGUUUCAGCAAACUCAACAAAUAUGCAAAAUAUCCUAAAUAAUGUUUUAUAUAUUUUGCAGUCAUAGUAUUAUAUUGAUUACUGUUUUGGUAACUGUUUAUUUUAGUACAUAUAAUGUAGUAUAUAAAAUUGUAAUAAAUUUUGUCACUAUAGUA